AUGGAGCCUCUGGAAUCAGUGACAUUUGAAGAUGUAGCGAUCAACUUCACCCAGGAAGAGUGGGCCCUGCUGGACACAUCCCAGAGAAACCUGUUCAGAAAUGUGAUGCUGGAGAACAUCAGUCAUCUGGUCUCCGUAGGGUAUCAGAUCAGCAAAUCAGAUGUGAUUUCCCAGCUCGAACAAGGAAAAGAGCUGUGGAGUGAAGCAACAGGAUGCCUCCAAGGCCCGAGUCCAGACAGUGAAAGUCCACUUAGACAAGAAAUGAUAUUCACGCAAAGUGUCUACAGGAAGCACAUAUCUGCCACCAUGCCAAUGGAUCACAUUCACACUAGAGCUAAAUCGUAUGAAUGUCCUCUAUGUGGGAAAGCCUUUAGUACUUGCUUUAGGCUCAGACAACACAAGAUGAUUCACACUGGAGAGAAACCAUAUAAAUGUCAUGUGUGUGGGAAAGUCUUCAAUCAAAGUUCCCACGUGAAACGACAUGAGAAAACUCACACAGGAGAGAAGCCAUAUAAAUGCUGUCUAUGUAAGAAAACUUUCAGUCAAAUCUCUUACCUUAGAAAACAUGAGAAAAUCCAUCCCAGAGAGAAGCCCUAUGAAUGUCAUCUGUGUGGGAAAACCUUUAGUCAAAGUUCUGGACUUCGCACGCACAAGAAAACCCACGCUGGAGAGAAACCACACGUAUGUCUUCUGUGUGGGAAGGCCUUCAAUCAAAUUUCUGAACUGACUCGGCACAAAAGGACCCACACAGGAGAGAAACCCUAUGAAUGUCAGCGAUGUGGGAAUGCCUUCAGUCAGCAUGCAAACCUGAGACACCAUGAGAGAACCCACACAGGAGAGAGGCCCUAUGAAUGCCAGUGGUGUGGGAAAUGCUUCAGUCGUGGCUCUUCCCUGAGACGACAUGAGGGAACCCAGCACUGGAGAGAAAGUCAGGAGGGCCCUCAGUAG